AUGGCACAGGCCCCUUCAUAUACCUGGGUUUGUGGGCCGUGGGGGCCUCUCAUAGCACGGCGACCCUGUCCCCAGGGGGGCCCUGCGGUUUGUACGGGCUUCGGCUCGUGCACCGUCUCAAUAUUUCCCUGUCCUGCUUCGGCCCUCGGGCUGGGCAGGCCAUUUUUU